GGCCCUGAGCGGGUGGCUAGGGGACCGAACCGCCCGGGGCGGGGACGCGGCCGCCUGCUCGGUUCCGGGAGCUCGGGCUGUGGCGCUGCUCAGAGCGCACUUGACCCAGGUCGGCUGCGGGGAAGGGCGGGUCUGGGGAGAAUCCCGGGUGCUGCGCGUCCUCCUACCCCUCCUCCUUGCCCUGCCGAUCCGCGGCUCGAGCCGGACCGGCGCCGCCUCGCGCCCCCAGCCAUGGCUUUCGCCAAUUUCCGCCGCAUCCUGCGCCUGUCUACCUUCGAGAAGAGAAAGUCCCGUGAAUAUGAGCACGUCCGCCGGGACCUGGACCCCAACGAAGUGUGGGAGAUCAUGGGCGAGCUGGGCGAUGGCGCCUUCGGCAAGGUUUACAAGGCCAAGAAUAAGGAGACGGGUGCCUUAGCUGCUGCCAAAGUCAUCGAGACCAAGAGUGAAGACGAGCUUGAAGACUACAUCGUGGAGAUUGAGAUCCUGGCCACUUGUGACCACCCCUACAUUGUGAAGCUCCUGGGAGCCUACUACCAUGACGGGAAGCUGUGGAUCAUGAUCGAGUUCUGCCCUGGGGGAGCUGUGGACGCCAUCAUGCUGGAGCUGGACAGAGGCCUCACUGAGCCCCAGAUUCAGGUCGUGUGCCGCCAGAUGCUGGAAGCCCUCAACUUCCUGCACGGCAAGAAGAUCAUCCACCGAGACCUGAAGGCUGGCAAUGUGCUGAUGACCCUUGAGGGAGACAUCAGACUGGCUGACUUUGGUGUGUCUGCUAAGAAUCUGAAAACUCUGCAAAAACGAGAUUCCUUUAUAGGAACCCCUUACUGGAUGGCCCCUGAGGUGGUGCUCUGCGAGACCAUGAAGGACACACCAUACGACUACAAAGCCGACAUCUGGUCCCUGGGCAUCACGCUGAUUGAGAUGGCACAGAUUGAGCCCCCGCACCAUGAGCUCAACCCCAUGCGGGUGCUGCUCAAGAUCGCCAAGUCAGACCCUCCCACGCUGCUCGCACCCUCCAAGUGGUCGGCGGAGUUCAGAGACUUCCUGAAGGUAGCCCUGGAUAAGAACCCGGAGACCCGGCCCAAUGCUGCGCAGCUGCUGGAGCACCCCUUUGUCAGCAGUGUCACCAGUAACAAGGCCCUGCGGGAGCUGGUGGCCGAGGCCAAGGCUGAGGUGAUGGAGGAGGAGAUUGAAGACGGCAGGGAAGAGGCAGAAGAGGAAGACACUGUGGAAGCCACCUCUGCUGUUGGGAGCCACACUCAGGACUCUUCUGAGGCAAAUCAGCUGAGCCUCAAUGCCAACAAACUUCCGCAGGAACCUUCUACACCGCUACUACCCAGCCAGCCUCAGGACAGUGUGAAUGGGACCUGCAGCCAGCUCUCCGGGGACAGAUCCCUCCAAUCCACCGGCCCCCAAGAUGGAGCCCCUGCAAGUGAGAACGGCCUAGCCAUGCCUGUUCCCCUUCGGAAGUCCCGGCCAGUGUCAAUGGAUGCCAGAAUUCAGGUCACUGAGGAGAAACAAGUCACUGACCAGGCCGAGGCCCUCAGUCCUGCAGCCAGGUCCCAAAAGACAAGCCAGAGCCGGCCCAACAGCAGCGCCCUGGAGACCUUGGGCAGCGAGAAACUGGUCAAUGGCAGCCUGGAGCUCCCCACCCAGGCUGUGCCAGGGCCUUCCAAGAGGGCCUCAGACUCUGGCAGCCUGUCCACCUCCGAGAGCAUGGACUAUGGCUCCUCCCUGUCUGCUGACCUGUCCCUGAACAGAGAGUCAGGGUCGCUGUCCCUCAAGGACUCCAGGCUGCACAACAAAACCCUGAAGCGGACCCGCAAAUUUGUGGUGGAUGGUGUAGAGGUGAGCAUCACCACCUCCAAGAUCAUCAGUGAAGAUGAGAAGAAGGACGAGGAGAUGAGAUUCCUCAGGCGCCAGGAACUUAGAGAGCUUCGGCUGCUCCAGAAAGAAGAGCAUCGAAAUCAGACCCAGCUGAGCAAUAAACAUGAGCUGCAGGUGGAACAGAUGCACAAACGUUUUGAACAAGAAAUCAAUGCCAAGAAGAAAUUCUUUGACACAGAGCUGGAGAACCUGGAGCGGCAGCAGAAGCAGCAGGUAGAGAAGAUGGAGCAAGACCAUGCCGUGCGGCGCCGGGAAGAGGCCAAGCGGAUCCGCCUGGAGCAAGAGCGGGACUACGCCAAGUUCCAAGAGCAGCUCAGACUGAUGAAGAAAGAGGUGAAGAGUGAGGUUGAGAAGCUUCCCCGGCAGCAGCGGAAGGAAAGCAUGAAGCAGAAGAUGGAGGAGCACACGCAGAAAAAGCAGCUUCUUGACCGGGACUUUGUAGCUAAGCAGAAAGAGGAUCUGGAGCUGGCCAUGAAGAAGCUCACUGCAGAAAACCGGCGGGAGAUCUGUGACAAGGAGCGCGAGUGCCUUAGCAGGAAGCAAGAGCUCCUUCGAGACCGGGAGGCGGCCCUGUGGGAGAUGGAGGAGCACCAGUUGCAGGAGAGGCACCAGCUGGUGAAGCAGCAGCUCAAAGACCAGUACUUCCUUCAGCGGCACGAGCUGCUGCGCAAACACGAGAAGGAGCGGGAGCAGAUGCAGCGCUACAACCAGCGCAUGAUAGAGCAGCUGAAGGUGCGGCAGCAGCAGGAAAAGGCACGGCUGCCCAAGAUUCAGAGGAGCGAGGGCAAGACGCGCAUGGCCAUGUACAAGAAGAGCCUGCACAUCAAUGGAGGGGGCAGCGCUUCCGAGCAGCGUGAGAAGAUUAAGCAGUUCUCCCAGCAGGAGGAGAAGAGGCAGAAGUCAGAGCGGCUGCAGCAGCAACAAAAACAUGAGAACCAGAUGCGGGACAUGCUGGCGCAAUGCGAGAGCAACAUGAGUGAGCUACAGCAGCUGCAGAAUGAAAAGUGUCACCUCCUGGUAGAGCAUGAAACCCAGAAGCUGAAGGCCCUGGAUGAGAGCCAUAACCAGAACCUGAAGGAGUGGCGGGACAAGCUUCGGCCACGCAAGAAGGCUCUGGAAGAGGAUUUGAACCAGAAAAAGCGGGAGCAGGAAAUGUUCUUCAAGCUGAGUGAGGAGGCAGAGUGCUCCGUCCCCACCACGCCGAGCAAGGCCACCAAGUUCUUCCCCUACAGCUCUGCAGACAAUUCUUAACACCCCUUUGCCUGAGCUGGCAGGUAGAGUGGUGGGCCUCGGGGCCUUGCCAUCGUUUGUGAACAAGUGACUCAGGAUCCUCUUCCCCUUGCUCUGUGACAGUUUGCAUCCAGCUGCUUGCUCUGUGCCACCCAGCUGUGCCCCGCCUGCCUGGUGCUCCUGACUCCUCACUUGCUCAUGGAGGGUGGAGAGUUACAGGUGGCACCCACCCCUGAUGUGUGUCCUCUUCGAGCCCCGCAUCCUGUCCACCUGCACCUGGACUUGGGCUCUCAGUGGGGCCAGGACCCAGGAGGAAUGGGUAUGCCGUGGCCUCAGGGGCCCUCUUGUUUGCCAAAAAUGCCAGUUUUGCUGUCUGUAGGCACAAAGUGCUGCUGAUGAGUCACUGUGGGCUCAUCCAUAUUGUGAUGCUUGGUGGUUUUUAGCGAUUCCUUGCAGUAUCAGACAGGAACCUUAACCACCAUUUCAGUUCCCAGCAGGACCAGGCUGGCAGCCAGUUGCUCAGGGGAUGUCCUCACUCCCCUGGCUCCCCCAGUUUGCUUUCUGCUUAAGACAAUGCUGUGUGUAUGUUGGGGGAGGAGACGAGAAGGAGCCUCAAGUGUUUGAUCUGCUGUUCUUGCAUUUCAGGCCAUUUCCUGUUCCUUUUCCUGGGUACAUGUGCGCGCGCACUCGUGCCCGCACAGGGCUUGGCCCCCGGCACAGUGAGGCUUGCCUGUGCACUGAGCUGCCUGUUAGGUGGAACAGUUGAUGGGCAACAUGCUGAGUGUUGGCACCAGAGGCCCAGGGAAGGCACAGGCUGUAUGUCAGUCUGUGACUCAUUUUGGCCCCACACAAGGGCUAAACUCCUCACCACACAAGACUUCCACAGCCCAGCCUGCCCUCGGUCACCCUUGCCCACGCAGUCUGCAGGUGCUACGACAAGGACCUUCCCCUCGGCCUUGUGGCCCCAUCCAGGAGUGCCCCUUCUCUUUCAGACCGAGCUUGCCAGUCACUUGGCUCUCCCAGAAGAAAAGGCAUGGGGGUGGUCUGUGGAACAGAAUGCUCUCUGCCCCUGGGAACCUGGCCAAAGCAAAGGUUCUGACCUCUGGUGGACUCCUGAGCCCUCAGGUUUCUCAGCCAGCCUCCUGAGACACUGAUCCUACAGGCUGCAGUGUGUGUGUCACCCAAUAAAAGCAGGUGCCCUAGCCUGCUUGUGGCUUAUUUACAAAGCAGAGUUUUUUCAUCUUGAUUUCUAACUGUUCUGUGAAAGUAAAAAAAUGUUUGCCUUCUAGCUGGAUACAGUGGCACAUGUCUGUCAUCCCAGCACUCAGGAAGCUGAACCAGGAAGAUCAUGAGUUUGAGUCCAGCCCCGGAAAAAAAAAUUAUAUAGAGAGUGAGCGUGUGUAUAUCUACUUAAAAGAAUCUACAGUGCUGCUACUGAUGGGCAUUACAGAGUCUGGUCACUGGUUUUUUUCCCCCCUUGGAUUUUGUUUUGUUUGUGGUAGUGAGCAUUGAACCCAGGAGCUUCACACUGAUCUACAUCCCUAGCCCUUUUUGAUUCUGAGAUAGCUAUCACUAAGUUGCCUAGGCUGGGCUCGACCUCCUAGCCUGACUCUGGUACUGUUUUGCUGGUGACAGAAAGUUGAGACACCCAGGAGGACUUUGUCCUCCCCUACUCCUGCAGGCUAGGGUUUAGUACAGUACUUUGUGCUUCUAAAGCAGUAUACUGGAAGAUGUCUCAGCACUGUUUAUAACUGGAUACUUGGGAAGGGAGGGGCAGCCAUGGAACAGGAAAGGAGACUCACAAAUCUUUUUUUUUUGGUACCGGGGAUCGAACUUGGGUCCUUGCGCUUGCAAGGCAGACAGUGGAACCACUGAGCUAAAUCCCUGGACUGAGGCUCACAAAUCUUAAACUGCAGUGAAGAUGCUCUCAGGGCCAUAGAAAGCAAUGAUUUUCUUAGCUUAGCGAGCAUUUGGCUUGCCUGCCUCAGCAUUUGACCCAGGUGGGAUGGUUUCAGGUCUCACACCAAUGAGACAAUCUAAACCACUGCCUCUUUCUCUUCUCUCUGGGGCACAGGUGCUGAGGAAAAGUAAACUGGCAGUAGUGUAACUGCAGAACACAAAUCCAGUGGCCCCGGGCAAGGCCAUGUGGGUGCACGUCAGGACUUUGUUUUCAGCAUUCCCUUUUGCAGCCAGGGCUGUGGGAAUGAGUAUUAGGUGAAAUGCCAGUUUCAUGGUUCAGGUGAAAGUCUUUGAUCUUGCCCUUAUUUGGCUUGUCAUUCAUAUUGUCCUGGCCCUUCACAGAGUUCUUUCUUUCCUACUCAGUGCCACCUGAACCCUGAUACCUGCCCUGUGCCUCUUUGAUGGGGUCCAGCCUGGUUCCCAGCCUCAGUUGAGCUGCUGUGCUGUGCCCAUCACUGAGAAGGCCCACUCGGUAUUCCUCAUGCCCUGUGCUAACAUUUUCUAUGUAGGGGACAGACAGAAAUGUUUCUCAUUUUUAGUUCAUUUUUAGCAGAGGAAAUAUAACAUAUUUUUUCUUUUUGAAGGAUAGAAGUUAUUUUUAUGUAGUUUCCAAACUUUACAUAAAACUUUUGUAAAAUGUUCUCUGCAAAGUUAACUGAAAGAAUGUAAAUAUGCUUCUAAUAAAAUAACCAAGCAGUUUGCAUUGA